ACACCGCUCAAAGAAGAGCGAGGUGCAUUUUUUAUGGCAGCAAACCAUGGUCCCUCGCUCUCUUUGUAGCGGCAAGAACGGGAAGGGUUUAGACAGGGUUUUGGCAUCGCUUCCUGCUUUCUCCUAUUAAAAAGUUGCCCUUUCCUCCCUACUUUUGCUUGUUUCCCAAGAAUCCCAGAAAUCUCUCUCUCCAACCUCUCCCUCUCUCAUAAUCACUCAAUUUUCCGGGCAUUGCAUCCAAUCUCUCUCUCUCUCUCUCUCUCUACAAAUCCAUCUCCCAUAUCUCACUAGGUUUUUUUCGACUGUACUUUCUUUCGUUCCAUUCAGUCGCCACCAUCUCUCUCAUUCUGCACUUUCUCUCUCUAAGGCUUCUCUUCGCAUUUGUUUUCCUGUACUCACUUUCUCUCUCUAAAAUCCCCUCUUCCUAUCCAUUUUAUCCGUCUAUCUCACAUUCUUCCACCAUACUAUCUUUUCGAGUCCCCUCCUCCCUCUCUCUUUCUCUCUCUAAAAGUCCCUCUUCUCUCCCACCACCACCAUCUAUGUUGAAGGUGUUGUCAGCCUCAUGUCUCCAUGGCCGAUUACAGUGCGUUUCCUCAAGGCUCCCUAUUCACUCCAGUCAUGGAGGGGAGGGGAGGUCUCCUCUGCUGCGUCUGUUGCGUUCCAUGAAAUCUCCUAUUUCAGGAAGCCCAUAUUAUAGGCGAAGAGUUUUCUUUUGCUCUGAAUCAGGUGGGAAUGAUGGUUCUUGUGAAACGGUUGAGGCGAAAGCUGAGAAUGCAGAAACUGUUGAGGAGGUUGAUCCCAAAUCGUCUUCUGCUAUAGUUCCUACUAACCCUAGACCAGAGGAUUACCUCUCAGUCAUAGCUUUGCCUUUGCCACAUAGGCCUCUAUUUCCAGGUUUUUACAUGCCAAUCUAUGUCAAGGAUCCGAAAUUGUUGGCAGCAUUGAUCGAAAACCGGAAAAGAUCAAUCCCGUAUGCAGGUGCUUUCCUUGUCAAAGAUGAGCCUGGAAGUGAUGCAAGUCUGACAUCUGGUUCAGAAACGGAGAAGAGCACCUAUGAUCUCAAGGGAAAAGAAUUGUUUAAUCGCCUUCAUGAAGUUGGUACCUUGGCACAGAUCACCAGUAUACAAGGUGACCAGGUGGUUCUUAUUGGUCAUCGACGGCUACGUAUUACUGAGAUGGUCAGCGAGGACCCACUCACUGUGAAAGUUGAUCAUCUCAAGGAGAAGCCAUAUGAUAAAGAUGAUGAUGUUAUAAAGGCGACCUCAUUCGAAGUUAUAGCAACCUUGCGAGAUGUUCUGAAAACUAGUUCUCUUUGGAGGGAUCAUGUUCAGACUUACACUCAACACAUUGGUGAUUUCAAUUACCCGCGGCUAGCAGAUUUUGGUGCUGCUAUAUCUGGAGCAAACAAGUUGCAUUGCCAGCAAGUGCUUGAAGAACUAGACGUUUACAAACGCUUGAAGCUAACUUUGGAGCUUGUAAAAAAAGAGAUGGAAAUCAGCAAAAUUCAGGAAUCUAUAGCGAAAGCAAUUGAAGAAAAAAUAAGUGGUGAGCAGCGGCGUUAUCUUCUAAAUGAGCAGCUCAAAGCAAUAAAGAAGGAGCUGGGUUUGGAGACAGAUGAUAAAACGGCACUCUCUGCAAAAUUCCGGGAAAGGCUUGAACCAAAAAAGGACAAGUGCCCAGCUCAUGUUUUACAAGUUAUUGAAGAGGAACUCACCAAGUUGCAGCUUUUGGAAGCGAGUUCCAGCGAGUUCAAUGUCACUCGUAAUUAUCUUGACUGGCUCACUGCAUUGCCUUGGGGAAACUACAGUGAUGAGAACUUUGAUGUUCAUCGUGCUCAAAAGAUAUUAGAUGAAGAUCACUAUGGUCUUUCAGAUGUUAAAGAGAGGAUAUUGGAAUUCAUAGCUGUUGGAAAACUCAGGGGUAUCGCGCAAGGCAAAAUUAUUUGUCUUUCGGGCCCUCCUGGAGUGGGGAAAACCAGCAUUGGUCGUUCUAUUGCCCGUGCUCUUAACAGGAAGUUUUAUAGGUUCUCUGUGGGAGGUUUGGCUGAUGUGGCUGAAAUCAAGGGUCAUCGCCGUACUUAUGUUGGUGCUAUGCCUGGAAAGAUGGUUCAAUGCCUAAAAAAUGUGGGAACAGCAAACCCUCUUGUUCUUAUUGAUGAGAUUGACAAGCUAGGUAGGGGCCAUGCCGGUGAUCCAGCAAGUGCUUUGUUGGAGCUUCUAGACCCAGAACAGAAUGCAAACUUUCUUGAUCACUAUCUUGAUGUUCCUAUUGAUUUAUCUAAGGUUCUAUUUGUUUGCACAGCAAACGUAGUGGAAAUGAUUCCUAAUCCUCUUCUUGAUCGAAUGGAGAUAAUUGCAAUUGCUGGUUAUAUUACUGAUGAAAAGAUGCAUAUAGCUCGGGAUUUUUUGGAGAAGACAACCCGUGAAGCUUGUGGUAUCAAGCCAGAGCAGGUUGAGGUUACUUAUGCAGCUCUUCUUGCUUUGGUGGAGAGUUACUGCCGAGAAGCAGGCGUCCGUAACCUCCAAAAGCACAUAGAAAAAAUAUACCGCAAGAUUGCUCUGCAAUUGGUUCGGCGGGACUCGCCAAGGGAACUAUCUAUCGAGGCGACUCUUCGGAGAGUUGACUCUAGUGAAUCUUUAGAGACAUCUUCUCAAGAGUCAUCUGAAGCAUUAACUGAAGGAGCAACCUGCAGUGAUUCUGAACGAACUGAGGUUAGUGAGACAUCUGAAUCAACUAACUUGAAUUCCGCAGAGUCAUCUCCUGACCAAAAUCCAUGUGCAACUGAGGAAAGUGUUGGUUCAAAGGAAAAAGAAGAAAAUAUUAUCAAAGAAGUGGUGGAGAAGCCAGUAGAAAAAGUUGUGGUAGAUGUCUCUAAUCUCUCUGACUUUGUUGGCAAACCAGUCUUCCAUGCUGAGCGCAUAUAUGAGCAUACACCAGUGGGAGUUGUGAUGGGACUUGCAUGGACGGCAAUGGGUGGCUCUACACUUUACAUUGAGACCACGGUUGUGGAGCAAGGAGAAGGAAAAGGUGCUCUUAAUCUAACUGGGCAGCUUGGUGAUGUCAUGAAGGAGAGUGCCCAAAUAGCCCACACUGUUGCUAGAGCAAUAUUUCUCGAGAAAGAACCUGGGAACCAAUUUUUCGCAAACACGAAGCUUCAUCUCCAUGUGCCAGCUGGUGCUACCCCUAAGGAUGGGCCAAGUGCAGGGUGCACCAUGAUUACAUCUUUGCUCUCUUUGGCCAUGAAGAAGCCUGUGAAGAGGGACAUUGCCAUGACAGGAGAAGUUACCUUGACUGGACGAAUUCUUCCUAUUGGAGGGGUCAAGGAGAAGACAAUUGCAGCUAGGAGAAGCGAGGUGAAGACCAUUAUAUUCCCCUCCGCAAACAAGAGGGAUUUCGAUGAGCUUGCACCCAAUGUUAAAGAAGGCCUUGAAGUUCACUUUGUGGAUGAUUACAGCCAAAUAUUCGGCAUUACAUUCUCGGACAACCAAGAGGAUGAAAAUAAAGAACAAUAGUCCCAAUAAAAUGCCAUUGUUCCAUUUGAGGACUCAUAUUCAUGUUUGGUAAUUCCUGAAAAAAGCUAUUGCUGCCGACCUGCUGAUACAAAAUGUAUGAGCAGCUUCAAUUUUGCUAGGGCAAAUUAUUUAUUGUAUCUCAAGCUGCCCAUAGGUUUCUCAUUUUUUAUUUUUCACAUGGGUGACAAAGAACUCUCAUAAUAUACUGCUUUGAGUUUUUUACUUAAAUUAUGGUCAAUUUUUUUGUUUUCUUUCAUUAUGUAUGACUCCUACCAGGCUUCAUGGAUGCAUGCAUCAGACUGCAAUUUCCAUUGUAUGAAUAAAAUGAGGAAAUAUUUGAUCA